UGCCGCAGCACCUCCUGUUUGUGUCUCUGCCUCUCCCCCCUGACCCCAGAUAGGAUCCACCACCACCAUGUUCGGCCUUACUGUCCGCUCGACUGCCGCUCUGCGCCAGGCCAACUUCCGCGCCUUCUCGUCUCAGAUCAGCUCCCUGAAGGAGCGCGUUGCUGAGCUCAUCCCUGCCAAGCAGGCCGAGAUCAAGGAGUUCCGCGAUGCCCACAAGAACACCGUCGUUGGCUCGGUCACCGUCGACCAGAUCUACGGUGGUAUGCGUGACAUCCGUGGCCUCAUCUGCGAGACCUCUCUCCUCGACGCUCAGGAGGGUAUUCGCUUCCGCGGCAUGUCCAUCCCCGAGGCCCAGGCUGCCCUGCCCAAGGCCCCCGGUGGUGAGGAGCCCCUGCCCGAGGGCAUCUGGUGGCUGCUCCUGACCGGCGAGGUCCCGACCGCCGAGCAGGUCAAGCAGGUCUCCGCCGAGUGGGCUGCCCGCUCCACCCUCCCCAAGCAUGUGUCCGACAUGAUCGACUCCAUGCCCAAGACCGUGCACCCGAUGUCCCAGCUGUCGGCCGCCGUCACCCUCAUGAACUCCGACUCCUCCUUCGCCGAUGCCUACAACCGUGGUGUCAACAAGCGCGAGCUCUGGAAGUAUGCCUACGAUGACUCCGUCGAUCUGCUGGCCCGCCUGCCGGUUGCCGCCGCCAAGAUCUACCGCAACCUCUACCAUGACGGCAAGCUCGGCGCCGAGGUCGACGCCAACCUCGACUGGUCGGCCAACUUCGCCCGCAUGCUCGGCUUCAACACCCCGGAGUUCGAUGAGCUCAUGCGUCUGUACCUGACCAUCCACUGUGCCCACGAGGGUGGCAACGUUUCGGCCCACUCCACCCACCUGGUUGGCUCGGCCCUGUCCGACCCGUACCUGUCCUUCGCCGCCGGUCUCAACGGCCUGGCUGGCCCGCUCCAUGGCCUCGCCAACCAGGAGGUCCUCCGCUGGAUCACCGCCCUCAAGGACGAGAUUGGCACCUACGAGCCCACCGACGAGCAGCUCACCGAGUUCCUCUGGAACACCCUCAAGGGUGGCCGCGUUGUCCCGGGCUACGGUCAUGCCGUCCUCCGCAAGACCGACCCGCGCUACACCUGCCAGCGCGAGUUCGCCCUCAAGCACCUGCCCGACGACCCGCUCUUCAAGCUGACCAGCCAGCUGUACCGCAUCGUCCCUGACGUCCUGACCCAGCACGGCAAGACCAAGAACCCCUGGCCCAACGUCGAUGCCCACUCCGGUGUGCUGCUGACCCACUACAACCUCACCGAGAUGAACUACUACACUGUUCUGUUCGGUGUUUCCCGCGCCAUUGGCUGCCUGGCUGACCUGGUCUGGUCUCGUGCCCUCAUGUUCCCCCUGGAGCGCCCCAAGUCCGAGACCACCGAGUCCCUCAAGGCCAUCGUCGCUGGCAAGGCCGAGUAAGGAGGCACUUUGAUGUUGUGUCGCCGCACGCGCGUGUGUGUACAUGUGUGUCCUUUCACCUCGCCCCUUGCGGUGUGUGCGUUCGUGGUCCCUCUCUGGCGCGCGACGCACGUCGGUGUGCUGUCUUGUGGUGGUGUGCGAUGGCGCUCGUGUCGCCACUGUACAAUGCAAUCGUCGCUA